GUCGCAUCACAGACAUCCAAGUGACUUGUGAUCAGCUUUUGUACUUCUGAAAACUUCAUUAAAAUGAGGGAAUGCAUAUCCGUCCACAUUGGCCAAGCUGGCGUUCAAAUUGGAAAUGCAUGUUGGGAACUAUAUUGUCUGGAACAUGGUAUCCAACCUGAUGGUCAGAUGCCAUCCGAUAAAACGAUUGGAGGCGGUGAUGAUUCUUUCAACACCUUCUUCUCCGAAACAGGAGCUGGGAAACACGUUCCUAGAGCAGUAUUUAUUGAUUUGGAACCGACUGUUGUGGACGAGGUGCGGACCGGCACAUACCGUCAACUCUUUCAUCCAGAACAGCUGAUCACCGGAAAAGAGGACGCGGCUAAUAAUUACGCUCGUGGUCAUUACACCAUUGGCAAAGAGAUUGUCGAUGUCGUUCUAGACCGCAUCCGUAAACUGGCCGACCAAUGCACUGGAUUACAGGGAUUUUUAGUCUUCCAUUCAUUCGGAGGAGGUACUGGAUCGGGUUUUACCAGUUUGUUAAUGGAAAGAUUGAGUGUUGACUAUGGGAAGAAAUCCAAAUUAGAAUUUUCUAUUUACCCCGCUCCUCAGGUAUCAACUGCUGUAGUUGAACCAUACAACUCAAUUUUAACAACCCAUACCACCUUGGAACAUUCAGACUGUGCUUUUAUGGUAGACAAUGAAGCGAUUUACGAUAUUUGUCGUAGAAACUUAGACAUUGAAAGACCGACCUAUACUAAUUUAAAUAGACUUAUUGGCCAGAUUGUAUCUUCCAUUACUGCCUCCCUCCGUUUCGAUGGUGCCUUGAAUGUAGAUUUGACAGAAUUCCAAACGAAUUUGGUGCCAUAUCCUAGAAUUCACUUCCCUUUGGCUACUUACGCACCAGUUAUAUCCGCUGAAAAAGCUUACCAUGAACAAUUGACGGUAUCUGAAAUCACCAACGCUUGUUUCGAACCAGCCAAUCAGAUGGUUAAAUGUGACCCAAGGCACGGAAAAUAUAUGGCUUGUUGUAUGUUAUACAGGGGUGACGUUGUUCCAAAAGAUGUCAACGCAGCCAUUGCUACUAUAAAAACCAAACGUUCGAUCCAAUUUGUGGAUUGGUGCCCUACUGGUUUUAAAGUGGGUAUCAACUAUCAACCGCCCACUGUUGUACCAGGUGGAGAUUUGGCCAAAGUCCAACGUGCUGUUUGCAUGUUAUCCAAUACCACUGCCAUUGCUGAAGCUUGGGCUCGCCUUGAUCAUAAAUUCGACCUUAUGUAUGCCAAACGGGCCUUUGUCCAUUGGUAUGUAGGAGAGGGAAUGGAAGAAGGCGAAUUUUCUGAAGCACGUGAAGAUUUGGCUGCACUUGAGAAGGAUUAUGAAGAAGUAGCUGUUGAUUCAGUGGAGGGAGAAGCUGAUGAAGGAGACGAAUAUUGAACGAUGACCUUUGAAGUGCUUUUGUUUAAUUUUACAUAGUAAUCUCAUAAACUAUAAUCCAAUAAACUUGAAUUUGUAGUCUGCAUAAUUGCACAAGUUUUAUAAAAUUUUGCAACCAAAUGAUUUAGUUUAUUUUUUCUUGCAAUUUUCCGCAUUCAUACAUGAUUAACACUAAAGAAAAUUAUGUAAA